UUGGGACCUCUGGAGCAGGCGGGCAUGUGCUUUGAUGUUGUGCACUUUGAAACGCUCGGCUCAAUAGGCUUCCCCACUGCUAGCGGCUGCAUUUUUAUUUGAGUGUGGAUUCCUUAUACAGCUUGUCGCUAAUUUUCACUUCAUUUUCAAUGCAAAUUCUGUCUUUAAACACAUUUCUAACACUUUGGAAUACUCGAUAAUAUUCUGUGUGUCUAAGGCAACAGGAAAUGUUGUGACGUUGAUUAGACGAUGAGUGUGGAAGUAGAGCGAUUUUUGGCUGAAUCCAACUUUCCAGAAGACUUACCGACUUCCCUGCGGCCUCCAGUGCCCGGAGAAGAAAAUGAAGCAGACAGUCAACCGGGGAGCCUCUACAGUGGCAGUAGCAAGAGCAAUACGUCUUCAAAAAACUCACAGGGUACAUGCAGUAGCGCCACGCCUAGGAAGUCAAACUUACUGGCUACUGCGAAAAUGAAAAAUACAACGGACGAGGAUGCUCCUUUGGGUUUUGAACCCGAAGGCAGCGACUCCAUCACACCGCCAUACACGCGGUGGACGGAGUCGCUGCAUGCCUUACUCAAUGACAAUGAUGGAAUUAGUUUGUUUACUCAAUUUUUAGAACAAGAAAAGGAAGAACAUUAUUUAAAAUUUUGGCUUGCUUGCCAAGGAUUCAAAAUGCGAGAUGAGAAAACUCGUUAUGAGCUUUCAAAGCUCAUCUGUAAAAAAUUUAUCAAACAAAAUGCUCAGUCUGCUAUCAAACUGAGUGCCAACACAAGGACUUGCAUUGAGGACAGUCUGAAAAAAUGUCAGGUCUCUGUUGACCUUUUCGACCAGGCUCAGGCCGAGGCUGAAUCAUGCAUUCGUGAAAAUUUGUAUCCAGUAUUUUUGAAAAGUGACAUUUAUGUGCAAUACAUCAAUAACGGUGGUAUGAGUGAAAAGACGAGCGACUGUAGUUCACCCUCGUCCAAUGGUAUUGUCUCAGAGAGAUACCUACCGACGCUUGUUGAGGAUGAGGAACUAGGAAUUAUCCAUUCAGACAUUGAUGAUUCAGAGUUGGUAUCAAAACCGCCAACGCGGCUAACUGCCGAAUACCUUCAGCAAACAUCAAGACAUAGACUUUUGCUUGGACAUAAUAAACGCCAAAGGAGGGACGAUCAUUUCUACCAUAAUCGAGGCAGGCAGCCCAUAAAUCCCUACCAUGCCAGCCUGGCGACGGCAGCGCCGGCCCAGUCGACUAAUGAUUCCGAACGGCAAAGUCUCUCAAGUGAGGCCAUAUCUGACGAUACAAUGUCUCUCACGGACUCAAGCAUUGAUGGACGGCCUAUGUAUCAUCGGCAUAACAUGAAGAAGACUAAGAGAAAUAUGAGGAGGAAUAUCCAAGUCAAUGGACACAUACAAACUUUCCCACCAUUACCAUGCCCUAGACAACCAACAAAAGAAAGUCGGCAACUGUCGCCAGAAGAAUUCGUCCGUCAACUCACAGAGAAACUAGAACGUGUGAAGAAAGAUCGAGAAACGCAAGAACGACUUCAAGCCAGACUCAAAGAAGUUGAUGAAGUUGAUGGUGUAAUUUCUGAAGAUAAAAUAUUAACUGGUCUUAAAACAUUUGACGAAGAUCCCUCAAGUAUUUUGGAUGACCAUUGUGCUCGUGUCUUUGAGUCACGAUCUCUGGAUCAAACGCCGAAUAGGCGAUCGCCCGGUCAUAUCACGCCCAAAUCAAAAUCACCGGAACAGUUCCACAAGCAAAAACUGGCGUGCAACACAGGCCCGAUUUCUCAAGUCCCUACCAGCGCAGCUGCAUCCAUUAAACACAGCAAGGUUUUAACGAAAACAAAGACAAAGGACGUUACAAACACUGAAAUUUCUAUCCCUUGUCCUCAUUGUUGUUACGACCGUGAACAUUGCCCCCAACAUGGAUAUGAGCAUCGGUCACAAUUGUAUGUAUUUUCUUUGCACGGCAAGAACAAGAUACCAGAUCAGAUCGGAACGUAUCCUGAUGAUAUCACGCACUACUACACAUCAAAGUCACGUCCUGAAAGCACGCGCCUCCAACAAUACUCAUUCACAGAAUCACGUCAUAAACGUGAGAAACAAUCUAGCAAAAAGUCUGAUAUUUCAUGCGCCACAAAAACAACCGACAGUGGAAUUUAUGACGGGACAUCAUCGUUACCAUCAGAUGGUGAAAGGAACAAAGCGAUAGUCCAGUGGUUGGCUGAAAACGAAUCAUACCGAUUGAAACCUGCGCAGAAAAAUGCAAAACGAAGUGUUCAUAAAGUCUCUGAAAACCAACCAAAUACUUAUAGUCAUUCACAGAGGCAUAGUAAUUCCGCCAUGUCGAAGAAGCCAGUUGUAUACAAUGCAGCUAGGCCGAGUGUAGGUCACAGUACGUCCAAACGCAGCCAGUGGGCUGGGAGACCGAAUCACCCCUUCAUGCAGGACAUGUCUAUGCCCCUAAACACACCCCCUGAAACAGGCACAGUGUUGGAAGAGGCCCGCCGCAGAAUCCACUGUGAUGAAAGACAUCGAAAAAAUCAAGAGGUACGGCGUAGUAAACCACAAGUCAGCAGCUUUUCUGGAGAUGAACAAGUGGCGCACGUAUCAUCCACACGCACAUCUACAUCAAAGGCGAAGAGCAACACUUCUACGAAUACUACCGCCAAUAAGAAUUUGGACACAAUAACCGUCGCAUACUACUUUUGCCACGACCCUAUCCCAUACCGUACAACUUUUCCGCAUGGAAAUGUAACCCUCGCUCAAUUCAAACUCUUGAUUUCACGGAAAGGAAACUACAGGUAUUCAUUCAAAACGCACAGUGAUGAGUUUGAUUCCGGAGUCGUCCACGAAAUAAUUUCUGAUGAUGAUGCAAUUCUCCCGCACUUCAAAGGAAAGAUAAUCGGCAAGGUUGAAAAUAUCGAUUCAUAGUUCUCUCGCAAAUGGUUACAAAUCCGAAACAAAAAAUUGAGGUGGAUCAAACGAAGGUGCUUUAACUUAAAGAAAAAGAUGGAAUUUAAAAAUAAAAGAAAUUUUACAGAUAAAGUGAGAUAAAACUCUUUAUUUUUGUAGUAUGUUGAUGAAACUGACUGAAAUUGUUGAUUAUUACGAACUGGUUGAACCAUCGAUGUAACUGCUAUAUCUGGUGUGAUCCAGAUCAGAGGAGAAUAAACCAGUUGUAUCUGGUUAAAUCUUGUUGAUGAAUGGAUUUGAUUAAAACAAAACUGGCAGUUUUUGUGUAUCUUGAUAGAGAUAAGUUGGAGUUUCCUUCAACAUCAUCUCUGAACUGCAUACAGCAAGAAUUUGGUGCUCUAUGUUUUUGAUUCAUUAAUCAAUUUUAGACCAUUUCUGUUGUACUUAAUGGUUUUGAGUAUAAUAUGCAGGUGAAGAUACCAUGGAUUAUAAAAAAAAAUGGCCUAGAAAGAAAUUUAUGUAAAUAAGUUUGAGUGGAAGAGAGUUUAAUAACUGGAAAAGGAAUGUUUAUUCCUUUUGAUAUGUUUUGCUUUUAAUAACUGGAAAAGGAAUCUUUAUUCCUUUUGAUAUGUUUUGCUUGCAAUACACACAAUGCACUGUUAUUUUUUAUAUCUUUCCAUGUUAAGUGUAACCUUAAUAAUUGAGGGUAGGAAUUGUAGGCCGGUUUGAAUCACGUAGCAUCAUAUUUUUGAUCGUUGAUUCAAUUUAAAUCAGUGCCAGGCAGGAAGAGAUUGUACGGCAGACUGCUUUGUACGUUUAAAUAGGACUGCUAAACUGCGUAGUAAAAGCAAUUGCAAUGUAUGUCACCGUUGUGUUAGCGUUUGCACAUAUAAAAUAUUCUCAAGGUUUCUCGCUGAUUAAUGGUUCUACGUGAUAAUUGGGUCGUAGUCCUCAGAGGAACGCCGGUUCUGUCUAAUUCAUUAACUCAUUUGAAGCAGAACAACGGAGAUGUUGAAAACCAGCCCUAAUUUGUAUACUCUAGUGGGAUAUACUCUCCUACGAUUUUUUUUUUUACAUUUGGCUCUCAACGAUGAAAAUCUUUCUCGAAUUAGAUGUAUCCCUAAAUAGCUUGUCUUGUAAAUUUGUUUGACUCUUUACUGUGAAAGAGAAGCUUGGUAUGAAUUAGCUUACUUCUGAAUACAUAGUAACAAGCCUUCUUUGUGUUAGAAGUAGGUCUCUAGCUUGGCACAAAACACUGCAACAGCACAAAACGUUGCCACCGUCAUGAAUCCUAUAGGUAAUAAUUAAUGUCACAUGUGACUCAAUGGAGGCAUAUAUCAAUUGAAGCUAAGGGUCACGUGUAGUGCAAACAAAACUCUUUAUGUACACUUUUUUUUUGCCCCGCCUGUAUAAAAAUUCUAUUCUGGUAUCAAAUAAGAUUUAAAUUUUCAGCAAGAAUUUCUUUUUAUAAAAGUAUUCCAAAAAUUUGUUACAAAAAAUGAUUAUUAUAUUGAAAAAAAAAAUGAUUUUCUUUGGAUUGAUUUUGGUGUUUAAUUUUCAAGACUUCAAAAUUAAAACCUUAUUUUGAAAUUAAUUUAAUACUGAUAAAUAAAAUCUUAUUUUGUUCAUUAAUUAUAUAACACACUGUUAAGUACUAUAAUAAAAUUGCUAUAAUAGAUUAAAAAUGAACAGAAGAAUAAUUGUAACAAAAUUACAGAGCAUCAACUUUUUAAUCACAAUUAACAUCCCAUAAUGUCAUUCGCACAAACUUGUGUUUACAAUAUAAUUAAAAAAAAAAAAAGAAUUGGCACUUUUGAUAAUAACUAUGAUGGGUUUGAUUUCUUCUACUGCCCUUGUAUGUAAGAUCAUGUUUUUGAAUGGUAGAGAUUUUCUUACAAAACCAUGGAAGUUUUAUAAUACCUUCAUAAUAGAAUUGUGAUUAAUUGUCAGCUGUUGCUUGGAAAUUAUUAACUACUUCAUUCUCAGUAAACAGGGUUUUAAAAGCUGCUUUCUUUUUUCUAGCAGCUUCAUUUCAAAUUUUAAUAUUCUAAAUUCAUAGUAUGCAAUAAAAUUAUGUUAUUAAGAAGCAAACAAACCUGAGAAAAUUCAACGAUGAACUUGUUUAAUAAACUGAUCAACAGGGUUAAAGGUCAGAUAUAUGCAUGAUGUAGUUUCUUUAAAUAUUUGGGAAUUUACUAAUAGAAAAGCUUUAUUAUAAUUUCUUAAUUUUCCCAUGAUGAAAAAAAUAAAUUAUAGUCUGAGAUUAAACGAUCUCUAAUAAUUAAUUUUCCUGACUACGAUAAUUAAAUAAAAAGAGAAGCUAUGUUUUUGUUAGUUAACUUAAAAUGAAUGUAAAUAUUUGUUUAAACAUACAUUUAUGUGUGUAUAUCUCUGUCUUUUCUUGUUAUAAAAUUAUGUAAAUAAGAUAGAUAAGAUUUCUUGAUAAUGAAGGAUAUGAUUUAGAGAACAUUUUUCGAUUAUUUCAAUUUGUCCAAUUUUGAUGCCUCUGAUAUGAAGGGAAAAAAACAAAGAUAUAAAAAAUACAUUAAUAUUGCUGCAUAGAAUUUUUGACUCAUUGCUAUGGUUACAUAUUGCUAUGGUUACAUAUUUAUAAGAAAAAAAAAACAACACAUUGUUAACUGAUAGGUACCUAUAUUUCAGUUUUUUUUAUAUAGGCAUCUUAAUUCAUAAUAGUCCGUGUUUUCAUGUAAAAAUUAUGUCUUAUGUUCUGUGGAUAAAAAUAAAGUUAUAAUAUAUUUUUAACAGUGAAA